UCUCGAAUUUUCCGAUGAACCGGCUUACCCACAAUACAUUGCGGCACAUUUUCCUUUCUUCUUGCUGGUGCGCUGGUGGUCCAAAAUGUCGCUAUUAGAAGGUCCGUUAAACGUGUUCGGCCAGAGAACAACCGGCGAGUCUGUUCGCACUCAAAAUGUCAUGGCCGCAGCAUCGAUUGCUAACAUUGUCAAGAGCUCCCUUGGACCAGUGGGCCUUGAUAAGAUGUUAGUGGACGACAUUGGGGACGUGACCAUCACCAACGACGGCGCAACCAUUCUGAAGUUGCUGGAAGUGGAGCAUCCAGCUGCUAAGGUCCUCUGUGAGCUGGCUGACCUGCAGGACAAGGAGGUUGGGGACGGGACCACUUCGGUGGUAAUUCUUGCUGCAGAGUUGCUGAAGAGCGCGGAUGAAUUGGUCAAGCAGAAGAUUCACCCCACGUCAGUCAUCAGCGGAUACCGCCUGGCUUGCAAAGAGGCGGUGCGCUACAUCAAUGAAAACCUCACCAUCGGGACAGACGACCUGGGCAGGGAGUGUUUACUCAACGCCGCCAAGACCUCCAUGUCCUCUAAGAUCAUUGGAGUUGAUGCAGACUUCUUCGCCAGCAUGGUGGUGGAUGCUGCCCUCGCUGUCAAGUUUGUGGACGCGAAGGGAAUUGCCAAAUAUCCCAUCAACUCUGUCAACGUGCUGAAAGCGCACGGUCGCAGCCAGAAAGAGAGUUUCUUGGUUAACGGCUAUGCAGUGAACUGCACAGUCGGCUCGCAAGGCAUGGUAAAGCGUGUUGUCAACGCCAAGAUCGCCUGCCUGGACUUCAGUCUGCAGAAGACCAAAAUGAAGAUGGGGGUCCAAGUCAUCAUCAAUGACCCAGAAAAGCUUGACCAGAUUCGACAAAGGGAGUCUGACAUCACCAAGGAGAGGAUCCAGAAGAUUCUGGCGUCCGGGGCUAAUGUGGUCUUGACCACCGGUGGCAUUGAUGACAUGUGCCUCAAGUAUUUUGUGGAUGUUGGUGCCAUGGCAGUAAGAAGAGUUCUCAAGAGGGACCUCAAACGCAUCGCUAAGGCUACGGGUGCCACCCUCUGUCCAUCUCUGACUAACUUGGAGGGAGAAGAGACAUUUGAAGCCACGAUGCUAGGCCAGGCUGAAGAGGUCGUCCAGGAACGCAUCUGUGAUGAUGAGCUUAUCCUUGUCAAGAAUACCAAAGCACGCACGUCAGCCUCCAUCAUUCUGCGCGGUGCUAACGACUUCAUGUGUGAUGAGAUGGAGCGUUCCCUGCAUGAUGCACUCUGUGUGGUGAAGAGGGUGCUGGAAUCUAAGUCUGUGGUCCCAGGAGGGGGCGCUGUGGAGGCAGCCUUGUCAAUUUAUCUGGAGAAUUAUGCUACUAGCAUGGGUUCCCGAGAACAGUUGGCCAUCGCAGAGUUUGCCCGGUCUCUCCUCGUCAUCCCCAAAACACUGGCAGUGAAUGCAGCGCAGGACUCUACCGACCUGGUGGCCAAGCUGCGGGCCUUCCACAACGAGGCUCAAGUUAAUCCUGAACGUAAAAAUCUCAAGUGGAUCGGUCUCGACUUGUUAAACGGCAAGCCCAGGGACAACCGCCAGGCUGGUGUGUAUGAGCCCACCAUGGUCAAGACAAAGAGUCUUAAAUUUGCCACAGAAGCAGCCAUCACCAUCCUGCGUAUUGAUGACCUCAUCAAACUGUUCCCUGAGCAGAAGGAGGGCGGCCAGUCGUACAGAGAUGCUGUGCAGUCAGGAUCUCUAGAGGGUUAGAGCUAACAGGUCAAUCUUGUUCAUACAUUUAUGGUCGCUUCAAUGUAGGCUUCGCACUUUGCCUGUGUACUUGUCUCUCUACCCCCACUUAAUAAAACUCCUUGACUGCUUUAA